AUGCUGUGUCGUCGAGUUUUUCGUCGGCAGGAAUGCCGAGGAACUUCUUGAUGCGGUCUCCCGCUGUGCUUGUUGAAGUCAUCCGAGUGUCAAUGGAGGGUCACGGACUCUCCAGCCGUUCGGGUAUGACAAUCGAUGUGGAAUGUAGCAAAGCCGGGACUGUGAGAGCAACCAAGCUGAGACCCUGCAGACAAGAAGGACUGGCUAUAUAUGAACAAAGAUGCGGUAGCUUCCGUUACCUUGCCGAAAUGUAGGUGACAAUGAACGGCAUUACCGAACAUGGGGGUCUUUUUUCGUUUCUGGGCCAGCCUGCAUGGUCGUGGGGAGACUUUGAGCCUGUUGUUUCUUUUUUCCCAAAACUCUUCCCAGACCCUACCGUUCGGUAGAGGUAGCACAUACCUACGCAGUGAGACUCGGAUGCUACAGCACAGAGGUAUGCAUCCCUGCCAUGUGGUACCAGUCGUUCAGUUCCUACACAUGGCUUUUGGGCCCUUGACCAUUGGUGCGGUCCCGGACUGCAAGUCUAUGCAGUGGUAUGCAGUUGCAGAGCCCGCACCCGGGGAACCCCUUCACGCCGCGUACUCACAUGCGGCACAGAGACCUGAAUCGGGGGUUCGUCCCGUCCGUGGCAUACUAUACAUGUGGAUAUCUUGAUGGAGGUUCGGGGACGUCGACAUGGCCCAGCCCUGGGCAACAAGGGCCAAGAGGCUACGAAUCGACGCCAAUUCGCACGCC